AUGCCCGCCGACACCAAGCUCUACGACCGCUUAGGCGUCUCCUCCUCCGCUUCCGCCGAAGAGAUCAAGAAAGCCUACCGGAAACAAGCCCUCAAGAACCACCCCGACAAGAACCCCGCCGGCGCCGAAAAGUUCAAGGAAGCGAGCGAGGCCUUCGAGAUUCUGUCGGACCCCGAGAAACGACGCAACUAUGACAACUAUGGCUACGACUUCAUCACUGGCAAAGCGGGGCCCGCGCCGAGCGCGGAGGACAUGGGCGGGAACCCGUUCGCUGGAGGUAUGCCGGGUGGCUUUGGUGGCAUGGGCGGCGGUAUGCCUGGCGGAGGCGCAAGAACGUUCCACUUCAGCACGGGCGGAGUCAAGGGAGGUGGCGGCUUCGGUGGAUUUGGCGGGUUCUCAGAUCCGAAUGACAUCUUCAAGGAGUUUAUGCGAGGAGGAGGUGCAGGAGGGCCAGAGGACGAUGAGCUAUUCAGCCAAUUCGGCGGAGGCGGUAUGCCCGGAGGCUUCAGCAGUUUUGGUGGAGGCGGUGGGAGAUCAGGGCGGACAUCGUCGGGGUUUGGGCGCAAGCGUGAACCCGAGCCUGAGCGGACGGUGGUGGAGAAGCCGUUACCCAUGUCGCUGGAAGAGCUGUUCAAUGGUUCGACAAAGAAGCUGAAAGUGCAGCGCAAGACAUACGACAACCAGACGGGCAGGCAGAGCGUGGAGGACAAGAUUCUGGAGGUCAAGACCAAGCCUGGCUACAAGGCGGGCACGAAGAUCAAGUUUGAGAACAUGGGCGACCAGGUGGAAGGUGGCGUGCAGGACCUGCAUUUCGUGCUCAAAGAGAAGGCGCACCCGCUGUUCAUCCGCGACGGCGACGACAUCAAGCAUACCGUGGAGAUUGAUCUGAAAGAGGCGUUGACAGGGUGGAAGCGGACAGUGCAGACGAUUGAUGGGAAGCAGGUGAAUGUCUCUUCCGGCGGGCCGACGCAAUCCACGUUCAUCGAACGCUUCCCCGGUCUGGGUAUGCCGAAGAGCAAGACACCGAGUGUGAGGGGUGACUUCCUUGUGGGCGUCAAGAUCAAGAUGCCGACGAGUCUGACGGCAGAUCAGAAGAAGAAGCUGGCUGAGAUACUGUGA